GCGGCGGUGGCGGCGGUGCCUGUGGCGGCGGGAGCGGGCGGCGGCGGCGACCAAGACGGAGGCGGAGGCGGAGGGGGACUGUCCACUGGUCGCCGCGGAGAGGCGUGCGAGGUCGAGUCGAGCCGCGACGACCCUGCUGCCCCGGCCCGGCCGCCAGCCACGGGCUGGUCUCUGGCAGCUGCAGCUGCGCGGCGACCCCCAUCCCUCCGGCUCCGCUGCCCACCCCACCGCCCGCAGUCUUCCUCCUCUUGCUGCGCGCCCGGCCCGGCCUGGCCGUGGCCCUCCUCGGUGCCGGCCGCCAUGGCAGAGGCGUCCGGCGCGGGGGAAAUCUAGCCCGGGGAUUUCAUGCGGCCUAGCUUGGUUCCGCCUCCUCCCCCCGCGGCCCCGGCGGCUGCCUGCACCCCAGCCCUACUCCGGGCCUCCGUGUGUCUCCUGUGAUCGUACUGACACGGCCGGGGGGUUAGAAUGGAACAAAGUGAAGGCCCGAUGAGAGAAAGGGAAAGUUAAGGAUGCUGGAGCAGAACAAUGGAUUUCUCUUUCUCUUUCAUGCAAGGGAUCAUGGGAAACACAAUUCAGCAACCACCUCAACUCAUUGACUCCGCCAACAUCCGUCAGGAGGAUGCCUUUGAUAACAACAGUGACAUUGUUGAAGAUGGUGGCCAGACACCAUACGAAGCUACCUUGCAGCAAGGCUUUCAGUACCCACCUACAACAGAAGAUCUUCCUCCACUCACGAAUGGCUACCCAUCAUCAAUCAGCAUGUACGAAACUCAAACCAAAUACCAGUCCUAUAAUCAGUAUCCCAAUGGGUCGGCCAAUGGCUUUGGUGCAGUUAGAAACUUUAGCCCCACUGACUAUUACCAUUCAGAAAUUCCAAACACAAGACCACAUGAAAUUCUGGAAAAACCUUCUCCUCCACAGCCACCACCUCCUCCUUCAGUACCACAGACUGUGAUUCCAAAGAAGACUGGCUCACCUGAAAUUAAACUAAAAAUAACCAAAACUAUCCAGAAUGGCAGGGAAUUGUUUGAGUCUUCCCUUUGUGGAGACCUUUUAAAUGAAGUACAGGCAAGUGAGCACACAAAGUCAAAGCAUGAAAGCAGAAAAGAAAAGAGGAAAAAAAGCAACAAGCAUGAUUCAUCUAGAUCUGAAGAGCGCAAGUCACACAAAAUCCCCAAAUUAGAACCAGAGGAACAAAAUAGACCAAAUGAGAGGGUUGACACUGUAUCAGAAAAACCAAGAGAAGAUCCAGUACUGAAAGAGGAGCUCCCGGUUCAGCCGAUGUUACCUUCUGUUCCAACAACAGAAGUGUCCGCUGGUGUUAAGUUCCAGGUUGGCGAUCUUGUUUGGUCUAAGGUGGGAACGUAUCCUUGGUGGCCUUGUAUGGUUUCAAGUGAUCCCCAACUCGAGGUUCACACCAAAAUUAACACAAGAGGUGCCCGGGAGUAUCACGUCCAAUUUUUUAGCAACCAGCCAGAGAGGGCGUGGGUUCACGAAAAGCGGGUCCGAGAGUACAAAGGUCACAAACAGUAUGAAGAACUACUGGCCGAGGCAACCAGACAAGCCAGCAAUCACUCUGAGAAACAGAAGAUUCGGAAACCCCGGCCUCAGAGAGAACGUGCUCAGUGGGAUAUCGGCAUUGCCCACGCAGAGAAAGCGUUGAAAAUGACCCGGGAGGAAAGAAUCGAACAGUAUACUUUUAUCUACGUUGAUAAACAGCCUGAGGAGGCUUUAUCCCAAGCAAAAAAGAAUGUUGCCUCCAAAGCCGAAGUUAAAAAAACCCGAAGGCCAAGAUCAGUGCUGAAUACUCAGCCAGAACAGACCAGUGCAGGUGAGGCGGCCUCCUCACCAUCAGGCACUGAAAUUCGGAGACACAGCCAGCGGCGGCACACGAGCGUGGAAGAGGACGAACCACCUCCCGUUAAAGUAGCCUGGAAAACGGCAGCUGCGAGGAAAUCCUUACCAGCUUCCAUCACAAUGCACAAAGGGAGCCUGGAUUUGCAGAAGUGUAACAUGUCUCCAGUUGUGAAAAUUGAACAAGUGUUUGCUCUUCAGAAUGCUACAGGAGAUGGGAAAUUUAUCGAUCAGUUUGUCUAUUCAACGAAGGGAAUUGGUAACAAAACAGAAAUAAGUGUCAGGGGACAAGACAGACUUAUAAUUUCUACACCAAACCAGAGGAAUGAAAAGGCAACUCAGAAUACGUCAUCUCCUGAAACAACAUCUGGUCCUGCAGGCUCAGUAGAAAAGAAGCAACAGAGAAGAUCCAUUAGAACCCGUUCCGAAUCAGAGAAAUCCACUGAGGUCGUGCCAAAGAAGAAGAUCAAAAAGGAGCAGGUUGAAACAGUUCCUCAGGCUACAGUGAAGACUGGAUUACAAAAAGGGUCGGCGGACCGGGGAGUGCAGGGCUCUGUCAGAUUCAGUGACAGCUCCGUCUCCGCAGCGAGUGCCAGCGAGAUUUCAGAUUCCUGUAAACCUCUAAAGAAAAGGAGCCGCGCCUCAACUGAUGUAGAAAUGGCUAGUUCCACGUACAGAGACACGUCUGACUCCGAUUCCAGAGGACUGAGUGACCUGCAGGUAGGCUUUGGAAAGCAAGUCGAUAGCCCUUCGGCUACUGCAGAUGCAGAUGUUUCUGAUGUGCAGUCCGUGGAUUCCAGUUUGUCAAGAAGAGGCACUGGAAUGAGUAGGAAGGACACUGUCUGUCAGAUCUGUGAAAGCUCUGGGGAUUCUCUGAUUCCUUGUGAGGGAGAAUGCUGCAGACACUUCCACCUGGAGUGCCUGGGACUGACAUCUUUCCCUGAUGGGAAGUUCAUCUGCGUCGAAUGUAAAACUGGAGAGCACCCGUGUUUUUCAUGUAAAGUGUCUGGUACAGACGUGAAGCGUUGCUCUGUUGGUGCUUGUGGGAAAUUUUACCAUGAAGCCUGUGUCCGCAAAUUCCCCACUGCCAUCUUUGAAUCAAAAGGAUUCCGCUGUCCCCAGCACUGCUGCUCUGCCUGCUGUAUGGAGAAAGAUAUCCACAAAGCAAGUAAAGGUCGCAUGAUGAGAUGUUUGAGGUGCCCAGUAGCCUACCACUCUGGAGAUGCUUGCAUUGCUGCCGGCAGCAUAUUUGUGUCUUCCUACGUUCUCAUCUGUAGUAAUCAUUCCAAACGGAGCAGUAACUCUUCCUCUGCUGUAAAUGUAGGCUUUUGUUUCGUUUGUGCAAGAGGGCUGAUAGUGCAGGACCAUUCAGACCCCAUGUUCAGUUCCUAUGCCUAUAAGUCCCACUACCUACUGAACGAAUCAAAUCGUGCAGAGUUGAUGAAAUUACCUAUGAUUCCUUCUUCGUCAGCUUCCAAAAAGAAAUGUGAGAAAGGUGGAAGAUUGCUCUGCUGUGAGUCGUGCCCGGCUUCCUUCCACCCGGAGUGCCUGAGCAUAGAGAUGCCAGAAGGCUGCUGGAAUUGCAAUGACUGUAAAGCUGGCAAGAAACUACAUUACAAGCAGAUUGUUUGGGUCAAAUUGGGAAAUUACAGAUGGUGGCCAGCGGAGAUCUGCAACCCCCGGUCUGUGCCGCUCAACAUCCAGGGCCUCAAGCACGACCUGGGGGACUUCCCUGUGUUCUUCUUUGGUUCUCACGACUACUACUGGGUACACCAGGGCAGAGUGUUCCCUUACGUCGAAGGAGACAAAAGCUUUGCUGAGGGACAGACUAGUAUUAACAAGACCUUCAAAAAAGCGUUGGAAGAAGCUGCAAAACGUUUCCAGGAAUUGAAAGCGCAAAGAGAAAGUAAAGAAGCACUAGAGAUUGAAAAAAACUCAAGGAAACCCCCUCCUUACAAACACAUCAAAGCUAACAAAGUAAUAGGAAAGGUGCAGAUCCAGGUUGCAGACCUGUCAGAGAUUCCCCGCUGUAACUGCAAGCCGGCUGACGAGAACCCGUGUGGCUUGGAGUCCGAGUGCCUGAACAGAAUGCUGCAGUACGAGUGUCACCCACAGGUGUGCCCGGCGGGGGAGCGCUGCCAGAACCAGUGCUUCACCAAGAGGCUCUACCCGGAUGCAGAAAUCAUCAAGACGGAGCGGAGAGGCUGGGGCCUCAGGACCAAAAGGAGCAUUAAGAAGGGUGAAUUUGUAAAUGAAUAUGUUGGCGAAUUAAUUGAUGAGGAAGAAUGCAGAUUGCGAAUCAAGCGAGCCCACGAGAACAGUGUAACUAAUUUUUAUAUGUUAACUGUUACCAAGGACCGUAUCAUUGACGCUGGCCCGAAGGGAAAUUAUUCUCGCUUUAUGAACCACAGUUGUAAUCCAAACUGUGAAACACAAAAGUGGACGGUGAAUGGAGAUGUUCGAGUUGGCCUUUUUGCUCUUUGUGACAUUCCUGCAGGGAUGGAGCUAACAUUUAAUUACAACCUGGACUGUCUGGGCAACGGCCGGACGGAGUGCCACUGCGGGGCGGAUAACUGCAGUGGUUUCCUCGGCGUGCGGCCAAAGUCGGCAUGUGCGUCCACAACUGAAGAAAAGGCAAAAAACGCUAAGCUGAAGCAGAAGAGACGAAAAAUCAAAACAGAGCCGAAGCAGCUGCACGAAGAUCACUGCUUCCAGUGCGGGGACAGUGGCGAGCUGGUCAUGUGCGACAGGAAGGAUUGCCCCAAGGCCUACCACCUGCUCUGCCUCAACCUGCCCCAGCCGCCCUACGGAAAGUGGGAGUGCCCGUGGCAUCAGUGCGAUGAGUGCAGCAGCGCAGCUGUGUCCUUCUGUGAGUUCUGUCCACGUUCGUUCUGCAAAGAUCACGAAAAGGGGGCUCUGGUGCCCUCCGCCCUGGAAGGCCGUCUCUGCUGCUCUGAACAUGACCCUGUAUCUCCCGUGUCACCCGAAUACUGGAGCAAGAUCAAAUGUAAAUUGGAAUCACAAGAUCACGGAGAAGAAGUCAAAGAAUAAACGGGCAGUGAUUUCCUUCUUUUUUUAUUUAAACGAAGAAAGGAAAAGAAAAAAGUAGAAAAUGCGUUCGUACAAGAAGAGACCGCUGCAGUGCCUGCAGCCUUGGCCAUCAGCGCUGCCUUAUUAAAGUGAAGGUGGGGAACCAGGCCGUGCAAGCAGAAGCCGUUCGUGGGAUCUGGUUUUUCGGUUUCGUUCUGUCAGUUUGGAGAUUCUUUUGUGGAGGGUUAGAUUCCCUUGGUCUUUUCUUGCCUUUUAUUGUGCUUCAAUGCCUUUGCAGCUGGCAAAAGAGAUAUCUUCGCUUUUAAAAUAAGAACAAAGAGAAAAGAAAAUUUUGUUAAUGAGAUAAAUUUAAAGUCUAGGAUGUGUUUCUUGGGUGUAAAAAGCAAAAGUAGCCAUCAUUCCUUUAUUUAUUUUCAUUUUUAAAAUUUUGAGAAGUGUAGUUCAGAUAGUCUAAUCUGUGUGUGUGUGUGUGUGU